AUGCUCGAAGUGCCGGAUGGGUCGAUUGUGAGAAAGGAGAGUGUCAGGUUUGGUCCCUCUACUCGUCCGAUUCUCCUUCAAACAUCUACAUGUUCGAACGUUCUUGUAGUGGAAUUUGCCAGCCUGGAUGUGUUGAAAUCAGCGAUAUGGGUCAUCGAUUCACAAGUUGCUCGACGUGUUGCUCUUCCAAUUUCUGCAAUAUUGGAUCUCUUUCCCCGCCCUUUCUAG